AUGGAACCUCCAAACACCACCAAAAGGCAUAAUGCCUAUGCAACCCUCAUCACCCGUGACUCGUAUCUGCCAGGCGUCAUCAUUCUCGCCUACACCCUGAAGCGCAACAAUUCAGCUUACCCACUGGUCGUCCUUUACACACCCAAUCUCCCCAAGGAUGCUCGCAGGGUACUGGAACUGGAGGCCCCCAAAUGCAACAUGGUCCUGCGCGAGUGCGACCACCUUCUUCCCCCCAAGGACAUCAAGAUGACGCUCAUCGCUGAGCGCUUCGCCGACACAUGGACCAAGCUGCGCGUCUUUGAACUUUUCGAGUAUGAUGCCGUCUGCUAUCUGGAUGCUGACAUGGCUAUCCUGGACAACAUGGACGUCGUGUUCCAAUGUGAGGAACAGUUACCCGAUGACUGGAUCGCUGCAAAUCAUGUUUGCGUGUGUAACCUUGAUUCCGACUCUUGGGCACCUGAAGCCUGGAAGGCUGAGAACUGUGCCUAUACACCACUCUCACAUCCCACAGCGCUGAAAGAGCCCUUACAGCCCACAGAGACGUCCCCCUCGCCGCACAAGUUGCUCAACGGCGGAAUGUUCAUCUUCCAUCCAUCGGAGGGUCUUUGGGAUCGCAUGUUGGAUGUAUUCAACACAACCCCUCUGCUCUCGGACUUCAUGUUUCCCGACCAAGACUUUCUCGCCUUCUUUUUCGAGAACAAGUGGUAUGCGCUAGGAUGGCAGUACAACGCUAUCAAGACGAUGCGAUACUGGCAUCCCAAUAUCUGGAGAGAUGAAGAGGUCAUUUGUCUGCACUAUAUCGUCGACAAGCCCUGGGCUAAGCGCGUUGGACUGGAUGGCGUGGCCGGGUACAAGGGUCUGGAUGGAGUGACACAUUGCUGGUGGUGGCAGCUCUACCAGUACUGGGAGGACGAGAGGACUUCGGACGGAAAGGGAGGCAACGAGGCGAUAUCUCUAUUAGGGAAGCUCAUUGCGCCGGCGUAUACUAUGGAUAGUGGUGUCGGAUAUCUGCGGGUUGCUUUGCCUGUCCGAGCUUGA